UGCAGGACAGGUUUCUGUGUAGUCAAUGCAUCGUUCACCAACUACAGAACUUCUUUGGCAAAAGAUACAUGAUGGCACAGUGUUUUUGUACCAGCCACUGAUACAUAUUUGAAAUGUUUAGGCAAUAGUUGAGUUUUACGCAACUAGUGGAUAUCAAAAGCAUCAGAUCAGUAAUUUAAAAACGAGACUGAAAUGUCAGUAAACAACGGGAGCGGAUGAACUGCGGAUAAGACCAUGGAGUUUCUGGAUCAGACCUGCACUGGAUGAUUCAUUUCAUAUCAUUUUCAGAUUCAUUUCAGAGUUUGCACAGCUUCAACCUCUGAAUGUGUGAUUUGGACAAUCCUUGGAUUUGACUCAUAUCUCGUUUAUCAUGACUGAUAUAAAUCUGAUGAACUGAUGGAUUACUUUCCCAAAUCACUGCUAAUUGUUUAAUGCGUGCUUAAUCCCAUAGGGAGACCCCCGAAACGGCCAGUUUAUUGGGCGCAUGUUGUUUUGAGAGGAACUGGCAAACAAAGCUACAUUUUGCCGGUAUGGUGCGCCUGCUGAAUUGCCUCUUGCUGGGGUAUUUGACAUGGAUUCUGCGGAUAUCUGAUGCCCGGGGAGAGUACUGCCACGGGUGGUUGGACACCAGUGGGAAUUACCACGAGGGCUUUCAGUGUCCCGAAGAUUUUGACACGAUGGACGCGACUGUGUGCUGCGGGACCUGCUCAUUGCGCUACUGCUGCGCCGCCUCGGACGCGCGCCUCGACCAGGGAACCUGCACGAAUGACAGACAAGAGGAGAAUAACACGCAAUAUGCGGCCCAGCCCAUCUACGUUCCCUUCCUGAUGGUGGGCUCCAUCUUUGUGGCAUUUGUCGUUGUUGGCUCUCUGGUGGCUGUGUAUUGCUGCACCUGCCUUCGCCCCAAACAGCCAACUCAGCAGCCAAUCCGCUUCUCGCUUCGUAGUCAGGGCGAGAUAAUUCCCAUGAUCCUCACCACAGCUCCGCCCAGCCUGCGGACACCAUCGCGGCAGUCCAGCACGGCCACCACCAGCUCCAGUUCAGCAGGAGGGGGGAGCUCGGUCCGUCGCUUCUCCCUGGGCCGGAGUGACGCACUUGGGCCAUGUUCUCAACAGCAGCUCCUAAUGGUCUCAUCCUCCUCAGCAUCUACUCCUGUAUCCGUGGCCCCACCUCAACCCCUUCUGCCCCCACCACCUCCACCACCCUACACCUCCCAACAGGGCUUACAGGGCAGUAACUCUCUGCAACACCCACACAGCCACAGCCAGUUACAGCUCCAACACCAGACCCUGCUGCCGGCACAAAGCUCCGGGUUCCUUCUGCCUCAGCAGUACUUCUUUCCGUUGCAGCAGGAACCCUUCUCCGGAAGCAAGGGCUUUGCUGAUUUCAGCCAAAGCUGAACUGGGGUUUGCUGGCUGCCGGGAAAUGCUUAAAAGGACAGACACCAAAGGCUCAGACAUUCACAAUGGUGUUGUUGUAGACUCAUAUUACAGGUGCUCCCAUUCAGUCACUGCAUUGGAAGACAAUGGGCACUAAUAUGUGUUUCAGCCAGCAAGAUUGGCACUUGUGAGAUGGUUUAUGGACUUUAUGAGUAGCAGUGUGGGUGCUUGCUGGCCGUGAGAUAACAGAGCAUGAGGUGUGGCUUUAUUGUAAAGCAGUAUAUGAACUUGACUGGAAUCUGUAGACACUCAAGCAUGAAAUACAAGAUGCCAGAACAUGGUUGCCUGCUUCAAAGCACCUAAACCGACUAUGGAUCAGAUAUCUUAUGCACUUUUCAUUUGUUAAUAUGAUAAUGACUUCAAUAAUACUCAAGACAGUAUCACACACACAAAAAAAAUUAGCCUCUGUAUCUGAGAUAAAGAACAAUAAUGGGCAACCUGGUCUCACAGAAUUACCUUCCAGUACCUAAUUUUUUGCAUAAAGUUUUUUGUGGCUUGUCGUACGUAUCAUGGCAGUUUCCUGUUGAAAUGAACAUGAGGUGCAACAACAUCAACUUUUAUUCACUUUCACACAAUUUACCAGUAAAACGGUAGAUUAUCAGUUCCUGAACACUUACGUUUCGCCCUGUUCCUCACACAAUCUUAUGACUUCAAAACACUUACUAUAGUGCUUAACUGACCUUUCGCUAUGCCCCGCCUUAAAAGUGCUUCUCACCAAUCCUGUUUUAGCAACUGUUGCCCUGCCGCCAUUACUCUGACAUGCGUUUGCUAUUUUCCAAUGACAGCCUAUGGAAGUAAUGUGUGUGUGUACUUUUAAGUGGGAUUUUAUAAAAAUAUUCCAAAAAUGUAAAACACGUUGUUGCCGGCAAAGGUGUAGCAGCCGCACGUUACCCCACACUCUUUAAAAAGGUGGUUUUUGUCCCCUGCACUUUCCCAAGCUAAACCCAUACUGAGUCCAAAUGGUGGAUUUGUAUACAGUAUUCUUUGCAUUUUGUUACUUUGGGCUGAUUGAGCGACCAUCCAGCCAAUCACAGGUGAGUUUCAUGAGCCAAAACAAUCCUUACGUAAUAAGCCAUCAGUCAGACAGUCUGAUCAACACGGCUCAGUUCAUUUCUACAAAGUUGCUUUCAACAAUGCUCAUUUAUCCUUGUUUUUUAUCGGCAUUGAUGUUGAUCUAAAUUAAUAAUCUAGAGAUGAGGAACACACAAAUGAGUUAUUUAUCAGCAUAUCAUUCUUGAUUGGCAGUAUUACAUGAAAUGCACUUCAGAAAACAAAAACAAAGGACAAACCUUUUAAGCACACAUUGUAAGUGGAGUUUAUAUCAGCGCAUGAGUCUUCAUUAAGUUAUGCUUUUUACAUUAUGUUUGUGAGGUAAUAGUUUGAUUGGUUGUUUUUGCCAAUUUAAGCAGAUUACUAGAUCUGUAUUAUAAAUGUAAAGCUAUUUUUAAUAUCAGCUCCUGUUUUUUUUAUCUCUAUGUUGGUGUGCAGUCAACAAACUGCAGGAAAAAAAGAUAGAUCUGCUGUGUUCUUAAACUUUUCACAUUUUACUGAAGUGAAUAGAUAUGUAGACACGCUUUUUUAUACAUGAAAACAUAUGGACGCUAUUGAAACUCAGAAUUAUUAUAAGACUAUUAUUGUCUUGUGAUAAAAGUCAUGCUCAGCAGCUCACAAACUGUAGGGAAAUUAUAGAUUUGCUUUGUUCUUAUAAUGCUUAAAACCUCUACUUAAGUCUCUUUGUAGGUCUGUAGACAUAAACAUUUUAAAGGAUUAAAAUGUUCUUUUGAUCGUUGAUUCAGUGACUAACUCAUUUCACACAAGACACUCAUUUGUCACCACCUUCUGGCAUCACCAGAAAUGGUCACUGAAUUAUUAAAUGGAUCUGAAAAUUUUUUGGUGAACGUAGUCAAAGCACUCGACCCACUUGGAUACAUUUAAAUCCCACAACGCACAAGCACAGAGUAUAAAAUAAAACUGUGCACAUGCACAACUGUCAUUAUUGAAUUGAUUAAAUAAUUUAUUCAAGGCCAGCUUGUGCUCAGUCUUUUAUUGUCAUGUGUGAAACAGAAGCAAGUGAUCCACAAUAUGCCCUUUAUUUUUGCAGCUAAUUGUGCAAAAUUUUGCAAUACUUGAAUUUUUAAAAUACUACAAAUAUUAAAAGUAAAUAAUACGUAUAUAUUAAUAUAAUACUUAUAUAUUAAUAUAUACUGUAAUAUAUUAAUACUGCACUGUAAGUGUUGGGUCCAUGUGAGCCACCUACUGACAACUGUGUCCCCCCACUUUUAAAAUGACUGCUACGCCCCUGGUUGCCGGGUCAUUUGCAAUAGUGACAUGAGUUACCCAGAGAGGAAACAUGCACAGUUUUUCUUAAUGGAAAAAAUAAAUAAUUUUUUUUUCAAAUAAAUCUGCAAAAGAGCAUGUUCUGGAUUAAACUGUGUCAGCCCUCAUUUCCAAAUUAACAUAUAACAUCUGCAACGACAUUUGCUCCAAGAUAAAUUAAAGCUAAUAACUGAACGUUAAUUCAUUUAUAUGUAUUGAUUCAAGUCUUAGUAAAAGCGAUUAUAAAUAAACAGUUAACAGCAUCAAAAAGAGUGUGUUAUGAGGCAGAGCUUAACAAAGAGUCAAUUUGUAAGGUAGCUCACGAAGGAACAGGGUGCAAGUCCUGAAAAGCAUGCAAGUUUUGACACGAGCCAAAAGUGUCUUAGAAACGGCACAAAAUUACAUUUUUGCUUUAGCAAUUGCAAUUGUUUUUUUCAUCUCACAUUAGCUUUUUAUGACACUUGGUUAGAAUUAGGUUUAAGGUUUAGGUUAAGGAGGAAGGUUUUGUUGAUUUAAAAAGUAUCCCUUUUAGCGCCACUCAGUGGACAUUUCACCUUGGAUCUGCCACAAUACGUGUUAUGAACCACGUAAUGCCAUUUUGAAAAAUAUCACCACAGUCACAUAAGUUUCAUGAGAUCAGGUUGACAAUGGAAAUAGUAAUACAAGUUUUUUUUUUUUUUUUUUUUUUGGACAAUCUCACAAAUAGUGCCAUAUAUGAAUGAGGGUUUCUUAUGAAUGCUGAAGUUUUUUGUAGGUUAUCUUAUUUUUCUGAGGAGGCCAGACUGAGACAGAGAUUUUUCAUAAUGAUUAAAAAAGGUAUUCAAAUGUCCAUGUAUUUUAAUCUUAUUUAAAAGCCACAGUGAGCUACAUUAUGAACUUUCCACAGUCUGCUCUUAGAUUCAUAUUAAUUAAAUUCGCUAUCUGUGGGACGGCUUCUGUUUUAAAUGUCUGCAGAAUGUUCUGGAGAAGGCUUUUCUUUAAUUUUGUAUAAUUUGUAGCAAUAUGAAAGCCAUUAUUGGUUCAGUUUCGCAUUACAUUAGCAACACUGUUUAUAUCUGUUGCCUGUGAUAUGAGCAAAGUUUUGUAAAUGAUAAGAUGUUUCUAAAUGUGCACACAAGCAACAACCACAUCAUUUGGUCAUGGGAAAGACCCUGAACUAAGUAUUACAGGCUCUAAACAACAGUGUUUUCAAGUUAAAUUAAACCGUUUGUUAUUUCA